GUUUUUGGUUUUUGAAUAGUUAAACGUUUUCGAAAUGAAAUUUUUGAUUCUUCUCGUUGCCUCUGUAGCAGUAUGUUCAGCUGUGGAAGAGAAGAAAGAAAAAAGAGGAGCACUAGGCUUAGGAGAACCCUUGAUCUAUGGACAAUACGGACAUGGUCUUGAAUAUUCAUCUCCAUUAUUGACGAAAAGUUAUUCAGCACCAAUUAUAUCAGCACCUAUUCAUCAACCCAUCUCUUAUUCCGCCCCACUUUUGACCAAAUCAUACAGUGCUCCUAUCUAUUCGGCUCCUAUCUUAAGAUCAGCUCCAAUUUACGCCAAAUCUUACGGAGCAAUUGCUCACUCAGCACCAAUAUACUCAGCUCCUCUCUUAACUAAAUCUUAUGCAUCACCUAUAUUGUCAUCUCCUAUUGACCAUUCUGGUCCUAUUCUAGCCAAAUCAUACGGUUCUCCUAUUUCUUACAGUUCCCCCAUUUCCUACAGUUCCCCCAUUUCCUACAGCGCCCCUAUUUCUUACAGCGCCCCUAUCUCAUACGGAGCACCUAUUGGACAUGGAGCUCCUAUUUCUUAUAGUGCCCCUAUUUCGUAUUCUGCGCCCUAUGGUUUGGAACAUGGUUUGGGACACGGUCUGGAUUUGGGAUAUGGAAAGCUGAUUCAUUAGUUUUAAUUUAAAUGUGAUCUUUUAUAUGUAGUUUUAAUUUAUAUGUUGUAC